AUGGUGUGGUGCUUAGAUGGAUUAAAGCAGUUGUAUACUGCUGUGAUAAAAUUUUGUAAUACUGAUUUGUCCAAAAAGGCUAAAGGUUUGCAAAAUCCAGAAGCAAUUGCAAGAGAAACAGUUUUUAGUGUAAGUGAGAUUGAAGCACUGUAUGAACUAUUCAAGAAGAUCAAUAGUACAAUAAUUGAUGAUGGAGUAAUUACUAAGGAAGAAUUUCAAUUUGCCUUAUUCAAGACAACCAAGAAAGAGAGUUUAUUUGCAGAUAGGGUAUUUGAUUCCUUUGACAAAAACCAUCAUGGGAUGCUUAAAUUCAAAGAGUUUGCAAUUGCUAUCUCUGUCUUUCAUCCCAACGCAUCAAUUGAUGAUAAGAUUGAGUUUUCGUUCCAAUUGUAUGAUCUUAGACAACAAGGAUUUAUUCAGAGACAAGAGUUAAAACAAAUGGUGGUGGCCACUCUAGCUGAAUCUGGCAUGAAUCUUCCAGAUGACGUGGUUGAAUCCAUCAUUGACAAGACUUUUGAGGAAGCUGAUACAAAACAUGAUGGGAAGAUUGACAAGGAAGAGUGGCGAAACCUUGUCUUGCAUCAUCCAUCCCUUCUAAAACAUAUGACUCUUCAGCAUCUUAAAGAUAUUACAACUACAUUUCCUAGUUUUGUAUUUAACACACAAGUUGAUGAUGCCUGA